CUCAUGCUGUUGUCUUUCUCCUCUUGCUCCCUGGAUAACAGCUACGUGGGUGAUGUCCAGAUAGAUGUGGAAGUGAAGAAGUUUUUUUGCAAGGCUGGAGUGAAAGGCAUGCAGUUACAUGGCAUGCUGCGGGUCAUCCUGGAGCCCCUCAUUGGUAACGUCCCAAUUGUGGGGGCGCUCACUAUGUUCUUCAUUCGACGACCGACUCUAGACAUCAACUGGACUGGAAUGACCAACCUUUUGGACAUCCCUGGACUGAGCUCACUAUCCGAUACCAUGAUCAUGGACUCCAUUGCCUCUUUCUUGGUCCUCCCCAACCGCUUGCUCAUACCACUGGUUCCUGAUCUCCAUGAAGCAGCUGAGCUCCGCUCCCCAAUUCCCAGGGGCAUUGUCCGCGUUUAUCUAAUAGAGGCCAAGGACCUACAGUCCAAGGAUAAGUACAUCAAGGGGAUGAUUGAGGGCAAGUCAGACCCAUAUGCCAUUGUGCGUGUGGGAACCCAGGUCUUCACCAGCAAAGUCAUUGAUGAAGACCUCAACCCCAAGUGGAAUGAGAUGUAUGAGUUCAUUGUACACGAGGUACCGGGGCAGGAACUGGAGGUGGAGCUGUUUGACAAGGAUCCCGAUCAGGAUGACUUCUUGGGCAGGAUGAAGCUGGACUUCGGGGAGGUGAUGCAAGCUCAUGUACUAGAGGAGUGGUUCCCGUUGCAAGAUGGUGGCCGGGCUCGUGUGCACUUGCGCAUGGAAUGGCACACACUUAUGUCCGAUGCCUCCAAGCUGGAUCAGGUUCUUCAGUGGAACAAAACUCUUUCCACCAAGCCAGAGCCCCCAUCAGCUGCCAUAUUGGUUGUCUAUCUGGACAGAGCACAAGAACUCCCGCUGAAGAAAUCAAGCAAAGAGCCCAACCCUAUGGUUCAGCUCUCCAUCCAUGAUGUCACCAGGGAGAGCAAGGUUGUCUACAACACUGUCUCUCCCACCUGGGAUGAUGCCUUCCGUUUUUUCUUGCAAGACCCAACCACAGAGGAUAUUGAUAUACAAGUCAAAGAUGACAACCGCCAGACCACCCUGGGAUCCCUCACAAUCCAUCUGUCCCGUCUUUUGAAUGCUGACAAUCUGACACUUGACCAGUGGUUCCAGCUGGAGAACUCUGGGCCCAGCAGCCGCAUCUACAUGAAACUUGUUUUGAGGGUCUUGUACCUAGAUGCUCCUGAAGUUUGCAUCAAGACCCGACCAUGUCCCCCAGGACAACUGGAUAUCACUGAGAGUGCCAAUGUGGGCAGUAGCGUUGACCAGCCUCCUCGGCCCACCAAGUCCAGCCCAGAUGCUGAAUUUGGCACAGAGAGUGUAAUUCGCAUUCAUCUGCUGGAAGCUGAGAAUCUCAUUGCCAAGGAUAACUUCAUGGGUGGAAUGAUCAAGGGCAAAUCAGAUCCUUAUGUCAAAGUGCGCUUGGGGGGACAGAAAUUCCGCAGCCGUGUCAUCAAAGAGGAGCUGAACCCACGCUGGAGUGAGAUCUAUGAGGUCAUCGUGAGCAACAUCCCAGGACAGGAAGUGGAGUUUGACUUAUAUGAUAAAGAUGUUGACAAGGAUGACUUCCUGGGAAGGUGCAAGAUCCCUCUGAGGCGAGUGCUAAGCAGCAAGUUUGUAGAUGAGUGGCUUCCCCUGGAAGAUGUGAAAUCAGGACGACUCCAUGUAAAGCUGGAGUGUUUGCCCCCCACAGCCAGUGCUGCAGAGCUGGAGAAGGUAUUGCUUGUGAACAGCUUGAUCCAGACACCGAAAAGUGAGGAACUGUCAUCUGCCCUGCUCUCCGUCUUCCUUGACAGGGCUGCCGACCUGCCACUGCGGAAGGGCUCAAAAUUCCCAAGUCCCUAUGCCAGCCUGUCUGUCCGUGGCAUCUCCUAUAAGACCAAGGUGUGCUCUCAGACUGUUGAACCAGUGUGGGAUGAAGCUUUCUCCUUCCUUAUCAAGAGGCCCCAUGCAGAAUCUUUGGAGUUACAGGUGAAGGAUGAUGGGCACACUCUGGGUUCGCUCUCCCUCCCCCUUUCACAGCUACUGGUGGCAGAGGGCCUUGUCCUUGACCGAUGGUUCCAGCUCAACAAUGUUGGCUCUGCCACCCAGAUCCUGAUGAGAGUACAGCUUGGGCUUCUGGUUUCUCAACACUCUGGUGUAGAAGCUUUUCAUACUGUGGCAGGGGAAGAGAAUGAGGGGAGCUCCCUGAAGGGCUCUGAGACAGAGUUGUACAUACGGGAAGAUGGGGACUCUAGCUCCACACAAGAGCUGCGCCAGCGUAUGCCACAUGCCAACAGUAAUUUGGAGCUUUCAGACUCACCCUUGGGACAGCUGCACCUCACCGUCUGGUACAACAUGGAUGCCCGCAAACUUAUUGCCAUCAUACAUGCCUGCAGGAAUCUGAAGUCAAGUGCCAAGGAUAUACCUGACCCCUACGUCUCCCUCAUCCUGCUGCCUGACAAAUCCCGUGUCACCAAAAGAAAGACUACUGUGCGGAAGAAGACCCUUAACCCUGAGUUCAAUGAAAAGUUUGAAUGGGACUUAACAUUGGAAGAAGCCCAACGGAGAAAGCUGGAGGCCUACAUAAAAAACAGUGUCUCUUUCAUGUCCCGAGGAGAACCAAUUGGAAAGGUACACAUUGACCUCUCACAGAAGGACCUGACCCAAGGAGCUGCCCAGUGGUACGACUUAAAAGAUGACAAAACGAGCUCCUAGUCUACAUGGUGCCUCCUUUCUUGAAAACUAUCCAUCCAUGGGAUUAAAGAGCUGGCAUGAGCGCUGCCACCACCCGCCACCGCCACCCAUCACUGCAGGAUUCCAAGCUCGCCUCCCAUUUUCCCCACUGGAUGGGUUUUUCAGUGUUUUGUUUUUAAGCAAUCAUAGUGUGUGUGUUUUUUUAAAUCAACUUUUUUCAUGUAAAGCUCAUUAGGGCAGAGAAGUUACUUCUGGGUGAAGUUUAUUGGAAGAGAUGAUGUGGGGAGGGACAAGGCAGGAAGAUUUGACACCCUACAUUCACCCAGUGUGCUUCUCUCAACAUUGCAAACCACACGCUGCCUUUUUAUUGACCAAAGAAGUGGCCCUUUUUUCAUCCUUCUCUUAAAGAUAAUGUUCCUUGCAGGUUUGCAGAUGUUACAAGCUGAUGCUUUCUGCAGCCACUGGAGAAGAAGUUAAAAAGACUAGGAGCAAACUGAGUCCAGGGUAUGACAUGUUAGCUACAAAGGUAUGAGAAGACCAAGCAACGUGGAGGACCAAAUAAUUUUUUCUGAUAGUAGCAGAGGGCAGAUAACUUCAUUUGGCACAGAAGGUUUUCACACCUGAAGACAGUCUAAGGUAUCUCCCAAGAGAGGGGUAUCAACCAGCUGUUAUCUAGAAAGGGAACAUUAUGUAAUCUCUGCCCUGGGAUGGCUCAACAGGGAGAAGUAAUUGAGAUGCUGUCUUUGUUCUCCAGUUAAUACCAUUUGCAAAUGGCAUUCAGUCCUACUGAAUGAUAAGAUAAAAAACAGAUAUAGAGGAGGAGGUGCAGUAGCUAAACAAUUUUAUUUGCAUUCCUCUCCACCCCAGUUGGGAAUCCUCUUACCUCUCUGCCUUUACCUGAUGCCCCAAGCUGCACUGUGUCUCUAUCCCAUUUUUUGUUUUUAUCUUUGAAACUCCAGUCUCCUAGCAGCAGCUCAGGAUCACCUGGACACACAGAACCUGUUAUUUGUUUGUCCUAGCUCUUUUACACUGAAUCUGUUUUUUGAUAUCUUGUGUCAAACUGCUGUCUGCUGCUAAAUCCAAAUGGACAGAGUACUUGUGAAGUAUUUUUAUUUGUGCCAUUAUCAGUGCUGUUUUUAAAAUGAAUGUUUGUUUGGUGCCUUCUUGCACUCCAGUCCCAGAACAGGGCAUGUGGAGUAAAAAACCUCCUCCACCUCACCCUUCCCUCCCCACACAGAGUUUUAGGGCUGUGUAUGUUCUGUAGCAAGAAAACUGCGAUUCCAUGUUCCAAAGUAGAUUUAUAUUGAUGCAGAAUUUAUUUAACUAUUUACAAAUUAAUUUGCAAUACCUGACUUUUGACUAUAUUUGACUGACUUUUGACUGUAUUUUGAAAAGCAAAGUGGCAGGGGGAAGGACAGGCAUGAAGUUAGUGGGGAGAGGAGGUUUGCUUCAAAGAAGAAGACAUCAGAUGGGGGAUAUAACAUCAGGAGCCCUGCUCCUGAUUUCUGAACAUAUACUGUAAGCAUGGCUGUUAACAUUUUCUCUCCUAUAGCAUGCAGAACAUUAAACAUGAGCUUCUGGGGCUGUCCCACACAUUAAGAACUAAAGCGCUCAUCUUUUUCAGAGCAAGAAAUCACUGCUUGCAAGUUUGCACUGCUGUGUGAGCUUAGGGUGGGUGGGAGAAGUGGGAUGAGGACUGUUUUAAGUUGGGUUCAACACAGACACACACACACCCCAAUAAUAAAGGCAGCAUUUCUUUGCCUUGCCUUCACCCCUAUGCAAUUCUCCCUUGUGCUGAGCUUGGGGAAGGUGCCUUCCAGAAAGCAUGUGGGCAGCAUGGACCUCUCCUCAGUGUUACCUGGCAGCUGCAUUUUUAGUGUUGGCUUUUAUGGAGGCUUGUUUACCGAGUUACCAUGAGAAAGAAUCAUACUGCUUUUUUUUUUUUUAAAUCAUGGGCAUAAAUUCUCAGGAAACUAAAUCCUGAAAGUUGCCUCCUACUAACUGUAGUUUUUGCUACUUUUCCAGACCUUGUGAUCUGAGGCAAGAUUUCUAUUCUUCACAAACAGGUCAUUUCCUUGCUUUGCUGUCUGAAGCCCCACUGUCCACAGAUCUUGCCUCUGAGAUAAAUCCAUAUAAAAAAAAUCCACCUCACAGGAACUCUGAAUUCCCUCUUCUUUUCUGCUCACAUCCACUUUCUCUCAUGUUUUUGAAGAAGCUCCCCUUCAAAAAAAUUCCUACCAACAUUAAUUGUGGUCUAUUUACAAAGGGUAAUUCUUUUCAAUUGCCUGUUUCUAUACAUAUGACCAUAGCGAAUGUGUUUGACACAGCAAAAUUACCUCUUCGUUGAUUCUGCCUGUGCUCACCCCCAAAACUGCAUGCCACCAUAUUGAAGGGGGGGAUGACUGCACGUGCCUGUAAGGAGUCUAGCCACUUUCUGCCUUCCAUGCCAAAUUGAGGCUCCACCGUAAGCUUUUCCCCAGCAGUCUUUAGUGUAAGAGUGUCUUUCAGGCACCUGUGCCUCUCGUAGCCGCCAUUGUAAUGUCUUGUAGCAAAUAAAAGAGAGGAAGACAAUGUGA